AUUUCCCAAACUACCCCACUUCUGUUCCCCUACUCCAAGUCUCCAACCUCCGCCAGUCAUGAGUCACCACCACCAUAUCUUCUUCUUCUCCUAGCUGAGUACUGACAGUAGAACCUCAUUCACUUCUCUCUCUUUCCUUUCAAUCCAAGCAAGCAAGCAGUAUCUCCAUCCAUCUCUAUCUAAAAUCCAUUUUUCAUGUGAUUCAUUUCCCGACUGAGUUAUUCUAUUCUCCUGAAUAACUCCAAGCAAAUGCAUCCCACCACCACUUCAUCUCCACCACCACCACAACCACCAUUAACACAGACUCUAAGCUUAAUCAACCAUCUUGUAUCACUUCUCCUAAUCUCGUCGCUCGCUGUUAAAUCAUUCAUCGGACGCUGGCAAUCAAUUCGUACUAAACUCACUCUUCUAAGCUCAUCUCUAUCAGAAAUCUCCGAUUUUGAUACUUCUACUUGGUCUGAAAACCCUCUUUUGCAAGAUUUAUUGCCUAAUCUACUCACUUCUCUUCAGAAAACUUAUUCUCUGUCUCAACAAUGUCAAAACCCUACAUCUACAGGCGGGAAACUACUAAUGCAGAGCGAUAUAGAUAUGUCUUCAGCCUCACUCUCUGCUCAUCUCCAUGACAUUGAUUUGUUGCUCAAAUCGGGUGUUUUGAAUCGGCAAUCGAAUGCUAUUGUUUUAUCACAACCAGGUCCAGGUUCGGCUAAAGAAGAAUUGGGAUUUUUUAUCAGAGAUCUUUUUACUAGACUUCAGAUCGGUGGGAUUGAAUUUAAGAAAAAAGCUUUGGAUUCGUUGUUACAGAUAUUGAACGAAGAUGAGAAAACUUCGAUUUUGGUUGCGAAAGAAGGAGAUAUGAGAUAUUUGAUUCAUUUGCUUGAUAAUAAUCAUCAUUCAUCUGUUCGUGAACAAGCUGCUGUUGCUGUUUCUCUUCUUGUGAGUUCUAGUGAUUCUUCAAGGAAAUGUGUGUUUGAAGAAGGCGGAUUAGGUCCUCUGUUGAGGUUGCUUGAAACUGGAUCUAUGUAUUUGAAAGAAAAAGCAGCUAUUGCUAUUGAAGCCAUUACUGCUGAUCCUGAGAAUUCAUGGGCAGUUUCAGCUUACGGAGGGAUUCCUGUUUUGGUUGAAACUUGUCGAUCUGGAUCUCCAUUAGCACAAACUCAUGCAGUUGGAGCUGUGAAAAAUGUAUCCGCCAUUGAUGAAAUCCGAGUUUCUUUGGCUGAAGAAGGAAUUGUUCCAGUUUUAGUUCAGUUAUUGACAUCAGGUAAUUCUUUCGCUCAAGAAAAAGCUUCAAAUUGUUUAUGGAUUUUAGCUUCAGCUGGUGAAGAUUUUAGGGUUUCAAUCUUACAAGAAGGUGGAUUACAAAGUCUAUUAAAUUUACUUGACGAAUCAUCAAAUCCUGAUACAUUAGAACAUGUUUUAAGAUCAAUUUACAUAUUAUCAAGAUCAUCAUCAACAAUCCGAAUCUUAUCAUCAUCAACUUCAUUUUUGAUACAACUCUGCGACGCAAUCAAGAACGGCACAAUAGUGAUCCAACAGAUUUCAGCCUCGAUUCUCUGUAACUUAUCAAUGAGCGACUUCCAAAAACGAUCUAUUUCAUCUUGUAUGGGAUCGCUAGUGAAAAUGAUGAUGAACGAGUCAUCAAAACCAGUCGGUUUACAAGAAUCAUCAGCACAAGCUUUAAUCUCAUUACUAACAGCGAAAACGAAUCGGAAAGAAAUCGUUAGAGAUGAGAAGAGUAUUUUAAGAUUAGUCCAAAUGUUAGAUCCAAAGAACGAAUCAUCAGUAGUUAAUAAGAAAUAUCCGGUAUCAGUUGUUUCUGCGAUUGUUGCCGGAAGUAGCCAGAGCUGUCGGAACAAGAUAAUGUCCGCCGGUGGUUAUUCUCAUUUACAGAAACUUGCUGAAAUGGAUGUUCCCGGUGCUAGAAAAGCUUGUCAAAGACUCUCCGGGAAUCGACUCAAGAAUAUCUUUAGUAGUAGGAUAUGGAAGGAAUAAACACAAUUCAUACUAACCCCCACAAGAAAAAUUGCUUGGUUCGGCGGGUUGGUCUUUUUCUUCUCCGGACCAUGUGGUGUCUGAAUUCAUUGAUUGAAUGAGGCAGAACGUUAAUUUGCUCACAGAAGGUCUUUCUUUUAUUGACUUUUGGCUCAGUUUUACUAAUUACUGGUCAGACUUUGAAUUUGAUUAGUCAAAAUGAAAACACAUAGUAAAAUCUAGUGUACCACGUGAAAGCAGGUUCAUCUGAUCCUCUGAAAUUAACGUAAUUCCGUGAAAGUUAAUUAUUUUUUAUUCCGUUGUUUAUUUAUACUCAAUACUCUACUGUGCACCUUUUAGUAUAAAUUGAUUAUUACACUGCACAAGAAAAGUGCUUUUAGUUUGGUGAAUGUACAUCCAUUGGAUGGGAGAUUAUCUCAUGGAAAAUGUGGAAAUCGAUUUAUUGUAAUUGGGGCCUUGUGGGAGGAAAUAUCUAAUACUAUUAGAUUGAUUUUGGUUAA